AUGAGUUUUAUGUCAGUGUCGCACCUGCCACAAAAUUACCGCCACAACUGGCCGUUUUUUUUUCUUUUUGUGUGGUUCUUUUGUCGCCACUCUUCUCUCGACAUAUUCUCGGCUUCAAGGCGACCGCAGCAGCAGCACUACAACAAGUGGUGCGGAAGGCAGAAGACGGGGAAGAUGGAGGACGAUAUCGUGCGGGGCCGGUGUGCAGCCGUCGUUCAGCAGCUUCUCUACAGUGGAGAAAAACGGACAGUGCGACGAGAGGAUCAGCAGCGUCUGAUUGGAGCCGCUGCGGAGGAGCUGCGGCAGCGUGCAAUGCUGAUAUACCGCCUUUGUCGCGCAAAGCAUGAGAAACUCGCGUCGCACCAAACUGAAGACGCGGCGUACUGCGUGUUGGCGGCCACUUCCUCCUGCCAGCCAUCGCUCUGGGCCGUGCUGACUAACUGGAGCCGGGCGCUGCGUCCACGAGCCCCGGAGCUGCGAUUUGGGGCCCCUGUUCUUGUGACAGUGCGCCUGAGGGAGGUGGAACAGUUCAUCACUCGCGGUCUUCACCUUCUCCCUGCAUCGAGCGCAGAGGACGCCUGCCCACCGGCAAAGGGCGGCAGCGCCACUUCGACGUGUGCAUCGCUGAUGCGUGGCGGCACGAGGAAACACCCACGUGAGGGGGAACACACCCCGGCGGGGAAUUUAGAACCAGAACUCGCAACUCAGUUGGCGUUCGACUACUUCCAGCUGAACGUAACGAACUCAAAAAAAUUCUAUGCCGUUGUUGCUGCCUACCAGAAGGAGCUUGGUGUGAAACUGCUAGAUAACAGGGAAGGGUCUGCUCCCACAAGAAUGGUGACUUUGUGUGGUUCAAGGAACAGUAGACAUGGUGUGCUGGAUGGCGAUGGUAUCAGCGUCAGCAGUCACGAUAACAUUUGUUAUGCCGGUGGCGGCUCACUCCCUGAGGAGGAAGAGGAGGGCGAUGUGGGCGAGUAUUCGCUUCUGUUCCCUCCAGCAUUAUCAUCGUCUGUGACAUUUGGAGAUGCAUUUUCUGUGACGUCGCUUCGGUCAUUUACUUCUUCCAUGAGUUUGAUUGCAGUCGCCGAUAAGGUCGAGGCGGCCUGUUCCACGUUGUUUUUUGAGCGCCUGCAGCGCUGCCUGCGAAACCCCUUGCUGUACUCCCCAUUGGCGACCAUGAGAGAGGCCAAUGCCAGCGUGUUUGGUGUUGCACAGCAUCAUCCGCUGCCCGAAUCUCAACUCGAGGCUGCCUACUUGCGUGCCUGCCAAGGCGCCAUGGUGGGAAAUGGCGGAUUACUGGCCUUCCCCACGCAUUUUCUACACCCACUUCGGGCGCAUCCAACGUCGUUGAUGCCGCUGCCCCUGCAAAUGGUUACUGUGCAGCAGCUGUGGAGGCGGCUGCUGGUGGCGGGCCUGUGGCUACAUGUGGUUGGAACUGAAAUGGGUGACGCCCACACACAGCCUGAGGUGGGCGCCUACUGCAUUACCAUCGUGGGGGCGUCGCGACGUGAGCUUUGCUGCAGUGUCUGUGAUACUCUAGUGCGGGAAAAUCCCGUCUUGCGACUAUCUGCGUUGGCGCAUGAAGUGGAAACGCGAGAUGACAAUCAGCCCAUUCGUUCCUGGGAAGAAAUGAUGAGUAUGGCCCUCCCCACCUCCACGGCAAACGGUUCCCUCUGCGAUGAACUCCUGCGGUGCCUUUCACAACGGCUGGAACAGAAGGUACGUGAGCAGUCAGGCUGUGACUCAUCUACGCUCUCUUGUACCUCGACGACAGUAAGCGCGGCGGCUAACACGAAAAGGGGCAGUCGCGCAUCUUAUUUAGCGCGUUCCCCCUCUUCAAACACCCUGCUGGAGUUGCUUAUGGAUGUUGAGGGCGAGUACCCGCUUCCCGCGUGCCGUGCGGCGUUGCUUGGAAAGCCAGAAGGCGAGACUGCACUCCGGCAGCUGCUGAGCGCUGCCUCCACCGAGGCGGACAAAGCGACGAGUACGCAUCACCCCGAUGCAGCCGCGACGAUGUCACAGGAGGUAAAGGAGUUACUGGAUACCGUUCCGUGCAUUCCGCGCCUGCGUGAUGUCGAUGGGGUGCUGGAGUGCGCUGCGUGCCUGCAGCAGUUUCACCAGGGAUGCGUCUGCCCUCUGCAGCGAGAACCUGCCGAGGGGAUUUUUUUGUGUCAUGCAUGCCGGCUCACACGUGGCCCACAGUUGUUGCCGCCACUCCGCUGCAGCUUCAUCACGAAUGGGGGGACAACUGCGGCAUGA